AUGAGUUCCAACCAUCAGUUUAUGUCUGCUGAGGCUCCUGCUGCCCUCUGGAAGGCCGCACAAGCACCCAAACUGUUGAAAAAGCUCAAGGGGGAUCGACCGGUUGCGAGCUGGAAGAGGAGAAAAGUAAGGGUUCUCCCGCUCCCGCGAUGAGGAUACCGUUCUUGUGAGCCGCCUGAGGCGUGUUGUAUUCUCUUCCGGCGGACAGCCUCGCUCGCGCCGCCGGGCUGCGUUUCGACUGGAGGAGAUCUGCGUCUGUCGGUCAGUGAGCAGCCAUGGAAGAGGAAAAGGCAAGAUACCUCGAGCAGAAGGUGGUGGGCAGAGCAGACAGACAGGCCAAACGAUCGCAGCCGCUGGCAUGCAUGUGUAUGUGUGUGUUGUUGCUGCACGGCUGAUUCGGUUGCUCAGCUGACGGCCUUCCUGGAGGGGCUGACCGAGUCCCUCUUGAAGUAAACACACACACACACACCCCUGUGCACCGAGAUUCAGAAUGACCAACGCAUCCGUCUGUCCGUCUGUGUGUCCGUCCUGUGUGUCCUGCCUGCCUGCAGGGAGUUGCCUGACAACCCCGUGCAGCACGCGCAUUCCUACUGUGCCCACCUACUGGAGAAUGAAAAGCAGGGUGGGCGACACAGCCACAAAUGCUCAGGCGGACAGACACACAAAUCACAUGCAGCUCACGCGCACUUUUUCUUUCCUCUUGAUCCGUCGGUUGGCUUGCAUGUGUGUGUGUGUGGAUGCAGCGGGGAGGUCCUCUGGGUCCAAGUCGCGUUCGAUCAUGGCUGUGCCGCCCGCGUACCUCAAAGCAUUCUUCGACUCAGCAAAGGUACCCACACGUGAAUCGACGGACUUAUCCUUAUCAUGGCGUGUGGUGUCCAUGCCCCCCACCAUGGCUGUGUGCGGUGCAGGCGAUCAACUCGCACAUCAGGCCCCAGGACACCAUCAAGGCCAUCAUCAGAGAGACCUGCAGCCUACUCAGAUGCGAACGGUAAGCAAACAGCAAACAGAAGGGAGAGCCGGACCAGGUUUGCCUAAUGAUGAUGUCUGUCGUUGCCUCACCACACACAGAGCCACCCUUUUCACCUUUGAUGGCCGGCUGAACGCGCUUCUUGUCCUUCAGAGCGUCGGCAAACAGGUACACACACACACACAGAGGGAGGCCUUUGUUUGCCCACGUGCCUUUUAUGUGUUUGGUGCAGUCGAGUUUGAUCCGUGUGGUGCCUGGCGAGGGCAUUGCCGGCACAGUCUUCAAAGAGGGGGAACCGCUGCGCAUACCGUAGGCACACAUCGCACACAGUCGCAGCCAGUGUGUCUUGAUGCAUGUCGCAUUAUGUGUCCUGAGUGUGUGUAGGGAUGCAUACGAGGACCCGCGAUUCGACCAGAGCCAUGACAAAGAAACAGGUAGUUGCACGGCUGUGCCCCCGGAAGCUCACGUGUUCAUUUUUCACAUACGCAUUGCAUUACGUGGCCCCACUGUGUAGAUUUCAAGACCAAGAGCAUCCUGGCAGUGCCUGUGAUGGAGUAUUCUGCCACCGAGGGCGACGCCAAGACGAUCGGCGUGCUGCAGGCCAUCAACAAGCUGGGCGGCGAGGGGGAGGACCAGGCCUUCACAUCGCUCGACGAACUACUACUCGAGAACCUCGCACAAUAUGCCGGCAUCGCUGGUGCACACACACACACACACACACACACGAGAGAGAGAUUCCCUACCGACGUGCAUCGUGCUGUGUUGUUUGUGUUGCGUCGUGGCUCCAAAUCAAAGUGCGCAACGCCGAGGUCAGCUUGACACAUCUCAUUCGCUGACGUGUUGUCAUAUCAUUUUGUGUGGCUGGGUGCAGAUGUACCGUGUGGUUGAGCAGCGUGAGCUGCAGUCCAGAGCCCUUCUCGAAGUCAUCAACUCGCUCAAACCUGACCUAGGUACACACACACCGAAUGCAGUGGUGCUGGGGAGACGGACACAUGGAUCCAUGUGUGUUGUCUUGUGUUGUGUGCAGGGACUCAGUCGGUCAUCAUCUCCAUCACCACAUGCGCGAAACGCCUCGUCAACGUCAGAGUGCACCACACAACAACACACAUGGGCUGACCGUCGUAUUGUGUUCUGCUGCGUGUGUGUGUGUUGUGUGCCAUCCAUCCAUCCAUCCAUCCAUCCCUCCCAUCGAUUCACCAGGCGCAGCGCAGCAGUGUGUAUCUGCUUGACCAGCCCAACGACGCCCUAUGGACGGUCGCCACAGACACCGGACAGGUUCGCAACAGACACACCUGCAUCCCAUAUACGUAUCUGUGGGCCGGUCUUUCAUCUCUCUCUCACACACAUGUGCAGGAGAUCCGCAUCGGCAGAGAGCAGGGACUCGCAGGUAAGGAGAGAAAAAUGCGCCAACCGACUGAUUGUGCGCCAUCUUGGUUUGUGCGCGUGUGAUGUGUGUGUGUCCCAUCCAUCGACAGGUGCGUGUGCCAAGUGUGGUGAGAUCGUCAAUGUGCCCGACGCGUACGAGGACGAGCGGUUCGACCAAUCCAUCGACAAGAGCGGCGGUGAGACUGCUGCUGACAGAUAUGGAUGGACGCACACUUGACCCAUCGCCUUCCUUAUCCAUUCAUCGGUCCAUCGAUCAGGCGACAGGUUCCGCACCAAGUCGGUGCUGUGCCUGCCCAUCAAGGACGAGCGGUCAGCAAGAGAUGGGACGGACGGGGGAUUUGUGCGCUGGUCUCACGUGUGUGGUGUGUGUUGUGUGUGACAGGGGUGCGGUGUUGGGUGUGAUCCAGAUGAUCAACCGUGAGGAGGAGGGCAUCCUGGGCGCGUUCCACUGGCUCAGCGAAAACAACAAAACCAUAGGUACACCACACACAACACCAAUCGAGACGUCAGCGUUGCAACUGUGCUACUGUGUGUGUGGUUGUGUAGGUGUGUUUGACGAGGAGGACGUCAACCUGAUGGAGACCUUCUGCAGCUUCGUCGGCCAGCGGCUGCAGCAUAGCGAACUCACCGCCCCCUGCGGACAGGGCACACCAAAGGUACACGCACGCACACGCACACACACACACACACACACCACCCCAGAUGCGUGUGUGUGUAUGUUUCAAUGGAUGGAUGAAUGGACGGAUGGAUGGAUGGAUGCAGUUGCGUGAGGCUGAGAAGGCGUGGUUGGAGCCGAAGCCCGUCAAGCACGCCAAGGACCGGCGGUCGUCACUGCACGACACCGUCAUCGAAGAGGCACCCGAGGAGGAGGGAUAGUGACAGAUGGCGCAACACGGGGGAGAGGGACAGGGGGGAGGGGUGAGGGGUGAGGGGUGUGAUGUAGCUAUAUAGCCGUAGCUGGAUGGACAUCCACACACCUUUUGGUCUAGCUCUUUUACCUACCUUCAUGCAGAUGCAUGUAGCUGCAUAUGUGCACGUGUGCAUGGCUGGAUGGAUGGAUGGAUGCGUGUGUUUAUCUCGUGUGUGUGUGUGUUGAACGUGUAUGUGUUGAACUUUGGAUACCUGUGGAACCGAU